CGAUGGCCAGCUGUGAGCGAUGACCAGGCUUCUGGCUGUGGCGUGCAGAGUUGCUUUGGCCGCCAUGCGCUGCAGCACCCACGGCAGCAGCAGCCUCAGCAUGUUUUAUGCCGUGAGGAGGGGCCGCAAGGCCGGGGUCUUCCAGACCUGGAGCGAAUGUAGAGCCCAGGUGGACCGGUUUCCUGCUGCCAGAUUUAAGAAAUUUGCCGCGGAGGAGGAGGCCUGGGCCUUUGUCAGAAAGCCUGCAAGCCCGGAUAGCUCAGAAGGGACAGAAAAUAAGUAUGAACAAGAAUCACAGGUGAAAGUCAACAAGCGACUCCGUGAACCCUCGGAUGGAGAGGAAAACGCAGAGCCCUGUGUGAAGCAUGCGAGACAGAACACAGAAUCCGUGCCUUCAGUUAACAAAGACUCGUUUUCUUAUAUGGGAGAGUUUGUCGUCAUCUACACUGACGGCUGCUGCUCCAGCAACGGGCGGAGGAGGGCACGAGCAGGGAUCGGCGUUUACUGGGGCCCGGGCCAUCCUUUGAACGUAGGCAUUAGGCUUCCCGGGCGGCAGACCAACCAAAGAGCAGAAAUUCAUGCAGCCUGCAAAGCCAUCGAGCAAGCAAAGGCUCAAAACAUCAAGAAGUUGGUUCUAUAUAUGGACAGUGUAUUUACUAUAAAUGGUAUCACUAAUUGGGUUCAAGGCUGGAAGAAGAAUGGGUGGAAAACGAGCACAGGGAAAGAGGUGAUCAACAAGGAGGACUUCAUGGUGCUGGAGCAGCUCAUCCAGGGCAUGGACAUCCAGUGGAUGCAUGUUCCUGGUCAUUCGGGAUUUAUAGGCAAUGAAGAAGCUGACAGAUUAGCAAGAGAAGGAGCUAAGCAAUCAGAAGACUGAACGAAGUAAUUUUAAUUCUUGGAAAAACUUGAAGGAAGCUCACCAGAUCUGAAGAGUCUUACAGAGGAUGGCAGGACUUUGUGAAGACAGAAGACUGCAAGAGGAGUUUCAGUUGGUCAGGAAACGGAUUUCUCACUCAAAAACCUCCCUGCCAACCUCAGUAAGCCUGCCAUCCCCUCGGAGCAGAAGACUUCAUCCAGAGUCUCCCCGCUGAGGGCAUUUGUCACUUCCUGC